AAAAUAAAAUUCAGGAAUGACAAUAGGUUGAGAAACUCAGUCCCAGAAAACUUCUGUUCUCGACACAAAGGCAGAUUUGGUUAUGAAGCAUCUUGAUCCAUCACACCUGGACCAGAGGGGCUGCUGGUCUCAUCCGGCAAGCUCUUCCCAUGUUCCUCUUGGUGGCUGUUGUGUGUGUGUUUUUUCGGUGGGGCAGAAUAAAAACAAGACAAACCUGCUCACUAUCAGGGUCAAAAUCCUCCUUACACAGGCUGGGAGGAAUGUGGAAAGUGGGGAAUGGCUUAGGGCAGCCCCUGAAGGCAAAGCAAAAAAAGAAAAAGAGCCAGCCAGUUGAGGAGGAAGAUCUUUCGCCUCAGUGGUCCUCUCUUCACUUGCACCCAGGACAGCAAGAGAAGCGGUUUCUGUGGUCCUGACCAUCUCCUGUUUUAGUGAGGAGAAACAUCUGGAGAAGAUCCGGGCUGUGUGAAGAUGGCCUCCUUCCUUUUGCUUCUGCUGCUGGCAGCUGGGGGGACUGUCGCUGGCAUAGAGACGAUCUCCUACACCCCCUCUGUCUCCAACAAGCCGUUGGAAGGGAAAACCACUCAAAGCACCUUCGCCCUGACGCUACCCCACUGCAUUUUUGACCGAUUUGCCAAUGCCUCGGACAAUAUCUGGUUGGUGGUCACGUAUGCGAACGCCACAGCCAGAUUCAAGAACCCCAAAACACCUCAAGAGAUCCCACCAUACGAAGCUCUGUUCACCUCUCACGGCUACAUGACCAUGAAGUCCACCCCCGCCCAGUACUGCAAAGCCGGUAAUCCCAAUACCGUCCUCCGGGUAGGAGGCGAAUCGUCUUGCAAGAACGACGACACCCAGACCACCUGCAAUGGGCCGCUGCCUUCUCCUGCCUCUUUCAGAGUGAAAUUCCUCAUCAUGGAUUCCAAAGGACCGAAAGCUGAAACAAAGUGGUCCGCUCCAAUUCCGUUGAAAGGAGGUGAAGCGUGGGAGACAGUGGAUACCUGGCCUGGACGUCGCAGUGGAGACAUGAUCGUCAUCACCACUAUUCUCUCUGCCCUUUGUGGGGUUGUCACCAUCGGCUUCCUAAGCACUGUCAGCUAUGAAUGCUUCAAGCUUUGCCGCCCAGGCCCACCGGAAAACCAAGAGGAGCCCCCGCGCCAAGACCCCUUCCAAGGCAGCCGCUAUGAUACGCACCACAUCCCUCCUGCCCCUCCUGCGCCUCCCCCUCCCCCUGCCAUGGACAUGCCAAGCCCCCACCACCUCAGCCCUGCUUCCUAGAGCCCCCCCCCCGGGUUGGGUCUCUGGGCAGAUCAACACACACCCUACGUCUAAAACGCACAUUUCAAGCACAUGACUUCCCCCAAAGAACUCUGGGAACUGUAGUUUGCUAGGCUCGCUGGGGACGGUAGCUGUGCGACGGGAAGACUACAGUUCCCAUAAUUCUUUGGGGGAAGUUGUGUGCUUGAAAUGUGCACUGCGAACAUACUUUAAGUGUGGCCCUGCCCUCCCGUGUCUGUUUGCAGUCUGAUUCCAUCCAGACAGGACAGCCACCCACUCGCCCCAAAGUAGCCCUGUUACAUCAACACUCACAACCUUGACCACCUUCCUUCUCCAGGUUUUAUUCUUCCACUCAGCAAUAUAAGCCUGUCCUCCAUUCACUUUUUCGAAUGUCACGUUCCUAAGCUGGCUGUGAUUGUUUCCUCUUUUUCCUUUCCUUUCCCUUUCUUUAAAUGACUUUUUAUUGGGUUUGGUAAACAACAGUCCUGGGGAUAAUAAAUGAUGCGAAUAAAGAGUCUUCUCAUGUCAUUUGUAUAACACAAAAAACAACACAAUAAAUUUGCAGCAAUGUCUGCGACAUAUGGUGCGUUAGUGAUCAAUGUAAAGGUUCUUGGUUUAAACAAACACAAAUGGGAAACAGGAUAGAACAGAAUUAUCAGGGAACAUUCAGCAUCGCAUAGAUAAAAGUCCAACCGGGAGCCCUUGUGGUUGUGCUUCAAUUAAGUAUGAGUAAUAGUCAUUGUUCCUCUUAUGUUACCAAUGGAAAAAAAAUAUAAAGUGUUGGUUUAUUGAUAAAUAGGGGAGGGGGUUCAAAGUGAAGAUUAUAAUUUACAUUUAAAUUUAAAUUUCGAUCAACCAGCUUGAGACAUAUGCUGAUGGGGUGAGGGAAAAUUGUUCAUUUUCUGGAAUACUGGCAUAGACUCAUAAAACUAGAGUUGGCAGGGGUCCCAAGGGCCGUGGCUAUCCUACCUCUACUUAACCCCCCCCCCAAUGAAGGAUAUGUCAUGAAAUUCAACCACACUGGGCUCAAACCUUCUGUCCACGUGUCAACCAUAGUAUAUUUGUUAAUCUCUGAAGGAGGGCUGUUUCUCAAACUGUUUUGUACCAAUUCUCUAUCAUUGUGCCAGAAAGGUCACUCCAGUAUGUUGCAUGUUGCCACUUGUAAUAAAUGGCUUAUUCAUUCUUUACUAUGGAAAUCCAGAUUGUUGUCUUGAAAUACAUGUAAUAAAGCUAAUUCUGGUUCGACUGCC